GAGAGUAAGCCUAAUCGAGGUUUAGGCCUCGAACCAAGCGUUCAAGCCUUCUCCGCUCCCAGAGGCGGCCCGACAGCCCGGAAGUGAGCGCUGAGGCGGCGGCAGCAGCAGCGGUGGAAGCUGGCAGCCGCUCGCUCCCUUUGGGGCAGGGCCUGGGCCUUCUCUUCCGGGAUGCGACAGCGCGGGGAAGCCGAGGCGGCGGCGGCGUCCCGGGCAUGAGCGACGUGGUGGAGCGGACGCUGAGUGCCUUGCCCGGCUUGUUGGGGCAGCACGAGCCGGGGGCUGUGCUUGGCAGCGCUGGAGUCGGGAGACCCGGCCGGGGCUCGGCCACCUCGCGCCUUGGCGGGCUGAUCCGGAGCAUCACCGCGCUCGCCUCCAAACAUGUAUGGGAGGAAGAAAAAUUAAUCCAACAGGAAUUAAAUAAUUUAAAAGCAACAGUUUCUACACCCACUACAACACUGAGGCUGAUGAAGGAAUGUAUGGUGAGACUGAUCUAUUGUGAAAUGCUGGGUUAUGAGGCUUCUUUUGGAUAUAUCCAUGCCAUCAAGUUAGCACAACAAGGAAACCUUUUUGAGAAAAGAGUUGGUUAUUUGGCAGUUUCUUUAUUUCUUCAUGAAAACCAUGAACUACUGCUUCUCCUUGUGAAUACAGUUGUGAAGGAUUUGCAGAGCACUAACCUCCUCGAAGUGUGUAUGGCACUUACUGUUGCAAGCCAGAUCUUCCCAAGGGAAAUGAUUCCAGCUGUCCUUCCUCUGAUAGAAGACAAGCUUCAGCAUUCAAAGGAAAUUAUUAGAAGAAAAGCAGUCCAGGCUCUGUACAAGUUCUACCUGAUCGCUCCCAACCAAGUCCAGCACAUCCAUGACAAGUUUCGGAAAGCGCUUUGCGACAGGGACGUGGGAGUGAUGGCUGCCUCGUUGCACAUCUAUCUCCAAAUGGUGACGGAAAACUCCUCUGGAUACAAAGACUUGACAGGCAGCUUCGUCGCUAUUCUGAAGCAGGUGGUGGGAGGAAAACUCCCUGUAGACUUCAAUUAUCACAGUGUGCCUGCUCCUUGGCUACAAAUCCAGCUAUUAAGAAUAUUGGGGUUGCUUGGAAAAGACGACCCAAGGACCAGUGAGUUAAUGUAUGAUGUUUUGGAUGAAUCUUUAAGGAGAGCGGAGAUAAACCAUAACAUUACAUACGCAAUCUUGUUUGAAUGCGUCCAGACAAUUUACACCGUUUACCCUAAAUCUGAUCUGCUGGAGAAGGCUGCCAAAUGCAUUGGAAAAUUUGUUCUGUCGCCUAAGAUUAAUUUGAAAUAUUUGGGAUUAAAGGCCCUAACAUAUGUUGUCCAGCAGGAUCCCACCCUGGCACUGCAGCACCAAAUGACAAUCAUUGAGUGCCUUGAUCAUCCUGAUCCCAUUAUGAAAAGAGAGACAUUGGAACUUCUCUAUAGAAUCACCAAUGGACAGAAUGUCACUGUCAUUGUUCAGAAGAUGCUCGACUACUUAACUCAGAGUAAGGACGAGUAUACCAUCAUCGACGUAGUUGGCAAAAUAGCAGAGCUAGCUGAAAAAUAUGCACCUGACAAUGAAUGGUUCAUCCAGACUAUGAAUGCAGUAUUUUCCAUAGGAGGAGAAAAAAUGCACUCUGACAUCCCAAAUAGCUUCUUGCAACUCCUCGCUGAAGGUUUUGAAGGUGCAAAAGAAGAUAGCCAACUACAGCUUCAUGCUGUCCAAUCCUACCUUGUGUUGCUAGAGGAUGAAAAUGCAGUGUAUCCACAGAAAUUUCUUCAAGUGAUGAGUUGGGUGUUGGGGGAGUAUGCGUACCUUAUGAAAAAUGUGGAUCCAGAAGUUGUCUUGGCAAGUUUGCAUAGGAUACUUAGGAGUAAUGCCACUUCUGAAACCAAAGCCUGGAUUAUGGCUGCGGCCACUAAAAUAGCUUCGCGUACGACACGUUCAAAAACAGUUGAUAAACUCAUCAUGGAAUUCAGUACCUCCUUGGAUACUUGCAUGAGGCAGUACGCCUUUGAAUUAAAGCACCUCUAUGAAAACAAAGAAUUGAUGAAUAAACUGUUCCCAGUUGAUGCUAGUUGUAAGGAUGUAGUGGUUGAUGCUUCGUUAUCUUUCUUAGAUGGAUUUGUAGCUGAAGGACUUGACCGCGGUGCAGCACCAUAUAAGCCUCAUCACCAAAGGCAAGAGGAGAAGCUGUCUCAGGAAAAAUCUUUGAAUUUUGAACCUUACGGGCUAUCGCUUUCCCAGAGCUUCUCAGCAUCUGGUGUUACUGGCAGACAGUCUCCAACUGGACUUUCUCUGGGCUCUGACAUCUCUGUUAAUAGCACUGAGACAGGGCAGAAAGAGACCAACAGUUUGAAGCUAGAUGGUGUGAAGAAACUAUGGGGAAAAGAGGGCUACCUCCCCCAAAAGGAAAGCCAAGUAGAAAAAGAAGACAACACCAAGCCUGCUCUCCAGGGCAUUGCAUUUGUGGAACAUAUUGUUAGUAACUUUCCAUCCCAACCUGAGCAAGAAGUUACUGAGCCCUCAGAGGAAGAGGAACGGAAGAGGCAACUUGCUUCAACUCUCUUCGUUGGCCUUGGGUCGCAAAGCAGCAUCAGUCUGAUGGGCAAAGGAGACUCUACGACUCAGAAGUUCAGAAGGAAAUCGAAAACCAGCGAAACCAAAAAUAGUGAGGAACAUUUCAGUAUCCAAAGCAUUGCUAGCCCUUCCCUCUGCCCUUUCCCCGAUGCGUUAUCUAGGACCCAGGAGCCCUUCCAAAACAAUGGACACCUGAGGCUAAGGAAAGUGUCGCUGAGUUCUGCUGAAACUUCUGAAUCAAAGGUGGCGCUUGAUAGGUCUCAUUCUAUGCCAGAAAGUGAACUAAAUGAGACGCUUUUGGGUCACAGACUCUCGCUGUCCUCUUUGUUUGCCGACAGUAACAUGGAAGUUCUCCAGCCUUCUCCGAGUGCUCAGACCGUGGUCCCCGAGCAACUCUCGUCCAUGCCUUGCUUAUCAGAAGAAGUAGCCAAACACCCUCAUUCUGAAAUCUCAGAACUUUGUGGCAACAAAACCCUGGUUUUGUACUUUUGUAAAGUAUGGAAAGAUGACUCUGUCCUACUUUUCUUAUUUCUUGCCAAUAAAAGCAAUUCUGUACUUAAAGCUGUGAAUCUGAAAUUUGAACACACAGAACAUCUUAAGAUCUGUGAAAAUCAUGGCUGCCACUUUGCUACGAUAGAAGCUCAAAGCAUAGAAAGCUUCCAGACGUGUGUAGAGAUGGAGGGUCUCUGCUCAUCAGAGACGCUCUCUGGUUCCAUCAGUUACCUUCUAGACUUGGAUGCACACCUCAACUUUUCUGUAACUUUUGCAGUGUUGGAUUAUACCAGGCCAAUGAAAAUGAGCACUGAUGAAUUUGGAAAACUGUGGCUCUCCACUUCGAACGAUGUCAAACAAAACCUAAAGAUGACAUCAUCUCAGGCGUCUCUGUCAGCAGUUCUAAACACUUUGCAGCAAAAGCUGAAGCUGCAUAUAGUUGAUAUCAUCGGUAAUGAGGGAAUAGCAUCGUGCCGACUGCUUCCAUCAGUUCCCUGUUUACUACAUUGUCGAAUCCAUGCUGGAAUGUUGUUAUUGUGGUUCAGAUCCCCUUGUCCUGCUCUUCCAGACUGUUUACUUUAUCAGUGUCAGAAGGUGAUGGAAGAAUCCUGAGUGCCACAGUGCCUCCUUCCUAAACUAACGGCAAGAAGGAUGUGUGUGAUUGUGCAGGGCUUUACCAACACAGAGCCAACUCUCAUCCAGCUUGUCAAGAGUGGAGUUGCAUGUGUGUACACCCUAGGGGGAUGUACGGUGGUUAUGCUUAGGUGCCUGCCUCCUCUCCUUCCCCCCGAAAUGCUCAGGAUCAGUCAGUCACUGACAAGGACUAAAAAAAAAAAGCAUAAGUAACUGUUGGAACUAGACAUGUUAUGCAGGAUAUUUAUUUUAUAUUAUGUACUUUGUAUUGGUCACCAUAGUUUAUUCAUAGGAUCAGCUACUACUUGAAUUAUUUCACUAACAUCACUUAUAGCUUAAAGGAACUUGUUGAGCCUUGUCUAACCAUUGUUGUUCAUGAGCUCUUUUGUGUGACAUGACUAUCGUUUGCACCAGUUUCACAGCAGUAUUGCAAAAGCAAGAUGCUGAAUCUCAGUGAAACUGACAUUCAUUUAUAAGAUAAAUCUCCAUGACUGUCCAUGGUUGUAGGCUGAGUCAUCCUGUGACUCAGUAAUAACCAGCGUGUGAAUGCUAAGCUUUGGAGGUCCAGGUGCACAAUUCAUUGCACCUCACAAAAAGAGUCAACAUUGGGGCUACUGUCUAUGCGAUGCCAUGUGGGACAUCUGCAUUUAAGGGGACUACCGGGUCUCAUCCCAAGAUACAGAAUACCAGUUUCUUAAGGAUGUGGCUUCAAGCGGUGAGCAAGACUCCAGUGUACAACAUAGCUGCAGUUUCACUGCGUAUCAGUUUGUAGCUCCCUCAGAGUGCUAAGAAUCUCAGUUUUCACCAGGCUCCAGAGAGCUUCUCUGGGGGCUUGUGCAUGAACUCAUCAGAAGUUCUUACUAGGAGCUACUUCCUCACACUGCAUUAGUAGACUCCCGUAAUUGCACUGACUGUUGGACAUGGCUAUAACGUAGCAUAUAGCUAUAAGACUUGUACUCUUGGUUCCAGCUUUUAUUAUAAUGCAAAAGAGCUUGUUCCACACAACCAUUGAGCUUAUGUGUCUCACAGAGCAACUCUUCCAUGUUAUGUGGCCAGUUGCUUCUGCUUUCAAAUACCCUCUCAGUUUCACUUUGUACCAUGUGGUGCUUGUUUUGCUGUUAGAAAGGGGGUGGGAGUCAAAAUCCCCACUGAACAUGCCCUUCUUGGGGAGACUGUAAGUAGCUCUUUGGAUCCCAGCCAUAAUGCUGGAGAUCACUAAAUACAUAUCUCCAAAUACAAACCAUCCUCUUUAAAAAUAGUUUUCUAACCCAGCCACGUUUUGUGAAUUUGCAGCAGCUUUUACAAAAGAUUAUGGGUUGUAUCCAGUGCUGGUCUUACUCAAAGUAGAACCAUUGAAGCUAUUGGGCAGGAGUAACUUUUAAGCUCAUUCGUUUAAAUCGGUCUACUCUAUUUAUUUUACCGAAUUUACAUAUACCGCUUUUCACUUCUGUGAUGAAUUAUGAAAGUGGUUUACAUAUAAAACAUAAUACAAUGUAAUCAACAAAAACCAAUUAUUAAAACCAAAUUGGAACGGGAGGGGGAAGGGAUACAAAAUCAAUGCCAGAACAGCAAAAAUUGUCAUUACAGAAGUUUUACCCCCCUGCAGCGUUAUUCCCAAGUUCAGCGCUUUAUUUUCCUCUCUAGGCAUGAAGUCAUUUGGUAUUGCGUCAAAGAAACUACUGGAGUUAGGACUAGCUUUGGAUAACCGCGUGUUAUUUCCCCUUGGAUGACCUGAGUGAAUCCAGCAUAUGUAUACAACAAAAUGGCUUUGUGUGCUGGAAAGUUUAGACAUACGCACUUUAACUAGUUAUUACCUGUAUCCCUAUCAGUUGUUGUCUGCUGUGUUUGAUAUAUAUUACCUUUGGUCUUUGCUGUUGCAGCAGAACAGAAACCUCCCAAGCGGCUGAGUUCCCCCCCCCCCAUUCAGUUGUUGUAUUUCCUUUUUACUGUCCAGGAAAUGAGAGAAAUAUGACCCUUCAGAGGGUUUAUGAUGAAGCACUGGGAACUUCCUUUUUAAACCAAACCCCAAAAGGGAAUGGGAGUUAGUUAUGAGGCUUUCUUGACUUGUAGCCCAGGUUUCUAGUCCUCAUGGUUGAGUGUAGGAAUAAAUACAUCUGAACCAACAUUUCGUUACGUUUGACCCUGCGUGGCUUAUGACAUCAUAGAGGAAGAGUAGUUUCCAUCAAAGAGUUCAUUUAACAUACCAGAACAUUCAUAGACUUAUUAAAAAAGGAUGAAUACAGCACUAGUAAGGUAGAAGGACUGGUCUUCAUGUUCAGUUUUAAAUUGUCACUGAUCUUGCCCCCACUGUCAGACAUCUGUAAAAUUGAAGUGUGUGAUUUUCCCUUAAAAACAAAGCUGUCUGAUUAGAUCACAUAAGUAUCUUAACAACCGAUAAUAAUUGAGCACAAUUUGGCUUUCUUAGUUGUGAAAUUAGUGUUUUUGAUUUGCCAGGAGACUGAGGUUCCCUCUGUGUGAGUGCUUUGAUGCUUUCUUUUGCUAGGCCUUCUUUCGUAAGUGUACUUUUGGAAUGAUUCCUGUGGAGAGAAAUGGCUAUGGGAAAAUAUUAUGCAAGAAUUGAACGUCCAUAUACAUUUUCAAACAUGUAGUUAGGAAAAUGUUAACAUUCAACAUCUUCACUGGUAUUAUUGUUUCUGGUACCAAGGUAACGCCUUUGCAACCUGGCCCAACAUGCUAGCGUGUGUGAUUUGCAUUGAAUUCAUGCCAGAUCAGAGUGACAACAGUGUUUUUAUUAUAUGCAUUUAAAUAUGUUUAUUUCACAUAAAAUGCUGCUCAGAGUGUGGCUGUCAGCCAGUGUUAAAGAACAAUAAAUAACAACAGAUUCUGUUUCCCUCUCUGCUCCUGGACCCAGCACCAGGAUCUUCUUGGACACAUGGGCUACCACCAACCUCUUGACAUUCAGGGAGGUCUCGUUGAUUUCCAGGACCGUAUGUAGAGAGACUAUAAGAUGUGGGCCCUGAGUACCUGUAGAUGGGGAUCAUGAGUGAGAGAGGGCUGUUGAGGUCAUGCCUUACUUGUGGGCUUCCAUACGCAUCUGGUUGGCUACUGUGGGAAUAGAUAUCUAAUAUUCUACUUUUGUAGAAAGGUAGAUUAUCUGCAUAACAGUACACUACUUGGAGAGUUUUAUACUGCCCUUCAAUGUAUAUUUAUAAAAGUUGUGAUUUGCAAAAGAUUAAGCAAACUCCUGAAAACAUCUAUGAUAAAAACUCCUUUAGCUGGUAAAAGGUCCCUCUUGGAAUGAAAAAACUCCUUCAUCCCAGAAUCUUGGGCAAAUUGACAUUCUGUAGAAUGUAGGAAAGCUUACCGUGUGAGGAUCACAUUUGGGAGAAAUGCUUAUUGAGCUUGAAUAGUGGGCAUGUCACUCUGUAACCAUAGCAUGUCAGAAGUAUGUAAAGAGAUCAUCCAGUUGUGCUGUGUGUUUUGAAGACUGUUAAAAAUGAGCUCUGUAUUAGAUAAAAUGUUAACAGUGGGUGGCUGAAGACACUGUUGCUAUGUGCAUUGCAGGGGCUUAGGAGAGAACACACCUCUGCACUCCAGAUUGUGGAAUGCCCUUUUGUAGACAGACGAAAACACUUUUCCCAUCACUUACUUGAGGAUUAGUAGGGAUUCUCAUUGAGUUUAUGUUGUCUUAAAUGUGCGUUUAUUACUUUUGUUGUACUUUUUUUUUCUAUUUUAUUUGGACUUUUUUUUUUUACUCGUAAUGUGCCUUGUGAAGACUUUUCUGUUGAAAGGUGAUCUAUAACUCUUGUAACGAAGUAGAGCAUCACACACCCAUGGGGUCCCAUCCAGUGACAGGGGAGAAGGUGAGGGCAGGUUUUGGUAAUUGUCUCAACAGUGUCAAAGUGCAGCCCCUCUCUAUCCACUUCUAUGGUACAAAGCAGGGAUGGACAAUAGGGCAACUGUUCUACCAACCUCCGUCUUCCCCCACCUGCUUGCCUUUUUACAAACCAGUCAAGGGAUGGCUCUGCCUGUCAUUGGCUGUGGCUCCACUUGGUGUUGGUCUCUCUGCCUCCUGCCUUUGAGUCCCGAUGGACACCAGCCACCACUGUCUCCUGAUGUUGGAUUCCCAGCUUCCAUCAACCCCAUCGCCCAGCAGGGCCAAUGAGCAGUGAUGAUGCGAGUUAGUCCAGCAACAUCUGAAGGCCCAAAUUCCCCAUCCCUGGCAUAAAGCUGGAGUGUGCACUCUCUGGAGGACAUGAGAAUACAGGGCACAGAAGUGCAGCGUGACCCAUCAGCCAAAGCCAAGAGACAGGCAUCAUAAGUACAGCUCUUUCCCCAUUUCAUCCCAUGCUGUCCGAAUGGAGGGAUUUACUAAAUGCACUAAAAAUAUUACUGUAUUAAAAUAACAUGCAGAUUAUCAGUGUACACUCAUGUUUACUUUAUGCCUCAUGGAUGUAAAUGGAAGCCUCUAUUUUGGCAAAA